AUGACUAAACUCUCUGCAUUGGCACUUCUUUUGAUCGUCUUCGUCGCCGCCACCUUUGCUCAGUCGUAUGAAGACGUCAGUGCGGAGAAACGCGCCAUGCGCAACGCCUUGGUUCGUUUUGGAAGAGCUAGUGGUGGAAUGAGAAAUGCUCUUGUUAGAUUUGGAAAGCGGUCUUCAUUGGAUGAGGAAGACUUUGCUCCAGAGAGCUCUCUCCAAGGAAAACGUAAUGGAGCCCCUCAGCCAUUCGUUCGCUUCGGCCGAUCUGGUCAACUCGACCACAUGCACGACAUUCUGUCGACUCUUCAGAAGCUUCAGUACGCCGGCAACAAGUAA